AGGCGGCAAGUCUUAUUCGUAGGUUUGUGACGUGAUCGGCCUUUUUUGCUCUGACGGGCACCGGGAGAAGCCGAGCUGACGUUUCCUCGAAGUGUUUUGGAAGCCCGGGGAAAGGGAGCCGGAUCUCGGAGAUUACAACUGUACUACAAUCAUGCUUUCUAAACUGGCCCAUCCACAACGCUUGGCAGUUCUGCAUCGGGGUAUCCGUACUUCAGCAAGUACGGCUACAUCGGUUGCAACCAAGAAAACAGUCCAAGGCCCACCAUCCUCAGACUACAUAUUUGAGCGUGAAGCUAAAUAUGGUGCACAUAAUUAUCACCCACUACCUGUGGCACUUGAAAAAGGAAAAGGUGUUUACGUGUGGGACGUAGAAGGCAAAAAAUAUUUUGAUUUCUUAAGUUCUUACAGCGCUGUCAAUCAAGGUCAUUGUCACCCAAAGAUUGUAGCCGCUUUGAAAUCCCAGUGUGAAAAACUUACUCUUACCUCAAGAGCAUUUUAUAAUGACGUGCUUGGUGAAUAUGAAGAAUAUAUCACGAAAAUGUUCAAAUACAACAAAGUGCUUCCAAUGAACACAGGUGUGGAGGCUGGAGAAACAGCAUGCAAGCUGGCUCGUAAAUGGGCUUACACAGUGAAAGGUAUUCCAAAAUACAAAGCAAAGAUUAUUUUUGCAGCUGGCAACUUUUGGGGAAGAACAUUAUCAGCAAUCUCAAGCUCUACAGAUCCUUCCAGCUAUGAUGGGUUUGGACCAUUUAUGCCAGGUUUUGAAGUAAUUUCCUACAAUGAUUUGCCUGCUCUUGAGCGUGCGCUUCAAGAUCCAAAUGUUGCGGCCUUUAUGGUAGAACCGAUUCAAGGUGAAGCUGGUGUGGUUGUUCCUGAUAAAGGUUAUCUCACAGGAGUGCGAGAACUUUGCACAAAGCAUAAUGUGCUCUUUAUUGCUGAUGAAAUUCAAACUGGAUUAGCCAGAACAGGGGAAAUGUUAGCUGUUGAUCAUGAAAAUGUUAGACCCGAUGUGGUUUUGCUUGGAAAGGCGCUGUCUGGAGGUAUUUAUCCUGUGUCAGCAGUUCUAUGUGAUGAUGAAAUUAUGCUCACCAUAAAACCUGGUGAACAUGGCUCUACAUAUGGAGGGAACCCACUGGCCUGCCGAGUGGCCAUGGCAGCACUUGAGGUCAUUGAAGAAGAGGAAUUGGUUAAAAAUGCAGACAUCAUGGGCAGCCUAUUGAGAAAAGAGCUGAUGAAGACUCCAUCAGAUAUUGUCACUCAAGUCAGAGGAAAAGGAUUACUGAAUGCUAUUGUUAUUCGGGAAACUAAAGAUUGGGAUGCCUGGAAAGUGUGCCUGAGACUCCGUGACAAUGGACUGCUGGCCAAGCCGACACAUGGAGAUAUAAUCCGGUUGGCUCCCCCACUAGUGAUCAAGGAAGACGAGAUCAGAGAGUGCAUUGAAAUUAUCCACAAAACCCUCCUCUCUUUUUGAAGCCGUCUUGUUUGACCUGUGCCCGUAAUCAGAUGGCAAACUGCUGUAGCUGAAGCAUGGUAUUGCAUUAGCUCAGCUUGAUCCUUCCUGGUUUAUUUAAUUUUUUGCUCUGUUCAGCCACAGAAAAGCUGCCUUUGAAGAUCAAACUAAAACAUUUAUUUUAUAAUGGACCUAAAGCGGAAAAAAAAAAAGACUAAAUUUCUUCUCUUUUUUCUGUUCGUGGACUAUUUGUUCAAUCUCUUUUAAUGAACUGUAAUUUGAAUAGUUACAUUUCAGCCAAAGUAUAAAUUAUAUACCUUCCUGUACCAAAUAUUACAUCUAAUGAAACUUUUCAUUAAAAAAAAAAUUAAGGGCA